AAAAAAAAACAAAAACAGCUGAAGGUAUAUGCUCUGUGUUCGAAAUGUAACGCCAUGUUUUUAGGCAAUCUGUUAUUGUAGUGUGAAUUUUUAAAAUUUUUCGAACUGUGAUAAGAUUUUACAAAAUAAAACACAAUAUUUUGAAUUAAUAUUAACCGUUACAAUUUGUUUAGAAAUAUUUUGAUUAAACGUGUAAUAAAAUGCGUAGCAAAUCUAAAUCGAGUAAACAUUCAAAAAGUUUGGGAUCUCAUUCGUCAUUAAGUGUUGAAAAGAGGAAAACAAUAAAAAAGAAAAAGGCUAAAAAAUCAAAGAAAACGAUCAAAAAACUAUUCGACCACCUUCGUAACGAGAGCAUGUCGUCCUGUUCCACUAGUUCAUCAAAUUGUACUGUAGUAGAGGUUCAAAAUCAAAACACAGACAAUAAAAGUGCUGUUAUUUUUAACAAACCAAUAUCUAACAAUGAUAGUCUCAUUGUUAUUAAUGAUGAUGAUCUCGGUACAAAUAAUGAGCCGUGUCCAUUACAGUGCUCAACACCCCUGUCUCAUAGUAAGCACUUAAUAAAGGACAACAAUACCCCUGAAACAAGUGUCAACAAUAAUUCAGUCAUAUUACAAAGCUUUAAAAAGGAUGUAGAAGAUUUAACAAAAGAAAUAAAUCGAGAUUCAUAUUUAACAAUAGAUCUUACUGUCGAUAGUUCCCAAAAUACUAAUAAUCAGUCGGGUAUGAAUACAGUCAUAGACUUAGUAAAUGCAUCUGACGUGCAUGACUGUACAAUCACUAACGACAGCCUGUCGAUGAGUGGCGAUUCUGACGUUACAGUAAUAAACACAAAAAGAAGAAAGAAACUUAACACUAGCCAAAUGCAAAAGUUUGCAAAAGGUAUUGAGAAAUUGGGCUUAAAAGAAAGAGGAAAACUACUUGAAUUUAUAACAAAUACAAUAUUCAACGGGUGUAAUAGACCAAAUAGUACGACCAAUAGCCUCCAUAGUAUAAAAAAUGGUGUAAGUCGUGCAACUGAAACUGUUGAAGAUACAUACAUAAAAGAAGUAAUUCUCGGCCAGGCUAGUUCUAGAAAUAGCAUAGGAAGUAAUAUAUAUAACCCCGAGAGAGAUAUUAAGAACAAAACGGGAUUAAGAAUGGUUGUUAUCGACGGUAGCAAUGUCGCAAUGCAGCACACUAAGGGUAGGAUAUUCUCUGUCAAAGGUUUGAAGAUCUGUAUAGACUACUUUUUGCAACGUGGACAUGUAGUUAAGGCUUUUGUGCCUCAUUUCAGGUGUAAAUAUGGCAAGAGCACAGAUGGAAAGCUUCUGGAUCAACUAGAAAGACAAGGUCUAGUUGUGUACACCCCUUCGAGAGAGAUACAAGGAAGAAUGAUCACAUCUUACGAUGAUAGAUACAUAGUACAGUGUGCAGCGGAAUUCGACGGUGUUAUAGUCUCAGGUGAUAAUUACAGGGAUUUGUUGACUGAAAACCCAAGAUGGCGGAACGUUAUCGAGAAUAGAUUGCUGCAGUUUACUUGGGUCGGAGACAUGAUAAUGUUUCCACGCGAUCCCUUAGGCAGGAACGGACCUACACUGGAACAAUUUUUAAAACAUGGGACUCCACCACAAAAACUAACAAUACAGCAGUUAAAUGACUUUUAUGAUAAUUUAUAAAAAGAAAAAACAUUUUGUAGCAGUG